AGCUGCGCCAACCACUUGGCGACGUUCCUGUGCGGACGUGGGUUUGAUGGGCGCAUCUUCUGCCUCACUGUUCCUGGAGCUGCUGAAACGGGUUCCACAGCAGCCAUCGCAUCAGCAGCAGAACAGCCUUCCGUCGGUCACGUACACGGCACCAGUCUUCCCGAAUCCGGCCGCAGAGAACUCCAGUUCACGAGCCGGCGAAGAACCUGUGUUGGUAUGGAUGCCAUACCAGCACAACGCCCUGACGAGCCUCGUCCUCUACGGUGUACUGGCUGUUCUCGGCACCACGCUCAACAUAUUCCAGAUUUCAUCGCUCUUCAUCCAGGAGAACUUGAGGCGAAAGGGCAAUGUGCUGCUCGCGAACCUUGCCCUCGCCAACCUGCUCGUGUCAUCUGUCGGCUUCCCGGUGACCAUCGUGGCUAUUCUGGCCGGCAGCCAGGGCAGCUUAAUCACCUGUCGCUGGCAGUGGUACCCCGCGCUGUUGGGCUUCUACACCACUGUGUUCACUUUCCUGUUCAUCGCGGCCGAAAACUACGUGCGCAGUUGUCGCCAGGACCGGGACGUCUACUCGUCCGUGUGCGGCGCAAAGCUGGUCGUCUUCCUGAUGAUGGCAGCCUGGACGAUCGCAAUCUCGCUGGUUCUCGUCGUCACCUUGGUCACAGGUGGCCUAGAUGUCUGCGAACGAGACAUGCGCGAAAGUAAAAUGUUCGUGGCGCUGUGCGUGCCCUUCGCGCUCACCGCCGCGGUGUUCGCCAAGGCUAUGCAUGAGCAACGGGACUAUACGUACAAUCUGGAGCUGCGAAACUGCCUGGCCACUCGCGAGGAGAUACUCCAGCGAACCCUUCUACGUACCAAUGCAAUUGCGUACGCCCUGUUCCUUCUUUUGUGGCUUCCUUUCCUGCUGACGGUCAUCAUCAGCCCGUCUAUGCGGAGCUCCAGUCCAGGCACCUCUGCUGUCGAGACGCUUUUCUUCACCGCCCAAUGCUUUAGCUGUAUUUGCGGCUGCGUGUACGCAUUCACGCACGACGCAUUCCGCCAGGGCUUUCUCUAUUUGGUCCACUACUUCUGCUGCAAGAGCCACCCCGAGUUUAGCAAACCACCAAUCGGUGACGACAAGGCAACCAGCUCGAUCAGGGUGCAUGUGGGCAUGGAUUCUCGCGUCGGAGAGCGCAGGCAUCGCUACGGCAAGGCUGCAACCAUGGGGCUACUCAGUUUUGCUGGAGCAGACACCUGCAGGAGUCGCGUAGAGGAGGACUUUCUCUGACGCGCACGUCCGCUGCUGCCCCACGACGCGCAUUAGGGUGGCAUUUCCUGGCUCAAACAGCGGCUCGUGGCGUGUCACUUGGGUGCUCGGUGUGUCGCCCCGUUUCAGGGAACAAUCUCGUUCAGACUUCUGGUCUGGUGCAGGUUCGUGCUUUUCUCCUACGGGCCACACCGACACCAACCCUCGUCUGCGGACCCAGCCAUCUCACGUGCCCAUUAAAUCCUGGAACAUUCCAUCGAUAGGCAGUACGACUGGGCCAUUCGGCACGAGGUAUAGGGGUUGCAUGGUACACCAGUAGGCUCAUACAUGCAAGAGCACUGCUCGUCCAUUGAUUCCCAGGCCGUCACUAUACGCUGCGACAGGGGCAACCGACGCGUGAGGCGGGCCGAAGUUCAUCCGACGCUCGCUGCUAGCGCCGGCGUGAAGAGGCUGGCUGCAGACUGGAAGAUAGAAAGCGAGCGAUUUUUGAAGAAGGAUCGACUCGGAACACGAGGCUCGCCUUCUGCGGCCACACGCCUGUUGAUAGAGGCUGAAUUAGUGCGUCAAACUACGGUGCGCCUUCGCGAUGUGCCGCGAGAAAUGCACAACAUUCUAGCUAUAGAGGGAGCAAUUUACGCUUGCAAUAGUGAGAGUUGUUGUUGAGGGGCAGCGAGCCAAAUAAAAAGCAGUACUCAGGUAUCGAGUGUACAGUUCACAUUUUUUUUUUGUCUGUGGUAUAAGUCAACAUCUAUACUUCCAUAACACUUUAAUAACUGGUAAUUUAUGCUCCUUACAGGCAGCAUUGGCAAUAUUGCACACUCGAAAUAUGCACGUGAUUUGUCACAGAUAAAUGUUUAUGUGGAAGGGCUAAUAGAUCGCAAAAGAAAAUCUAAACAAAUCUUUUAAAUUCUUGAGGAGCUGUAGGCGUAAUGGAGUCCGGAUGGUCAAGUACUAUUGAUUCUAACCUAAUCCCUUUUGCGGAAAUGAUUGCUCUUCUAUCAAUAAAACAACAAGAAAAUGCUAGGCCAAUGCAAUGGCAACGUAGGACGGGCGAUAGCUUCUGACGCAGUUAGGCAGUGUAAUUUUUUCUGUGGCUCAUGUUUCACCACCACUUUGUUAAAUUCACGUGUUAAACAGGGCCUUACACAGCACGUCGCAUGUCAGAGGGCAUGAUAGCCUGCGAAGAAGCAGAAGGUGAACUGGAGGUGUGGACUAGGCGUUGAGGAAAGCUAGUUUGUCUUGUGCCAGCAAGACUGAGAGAGGGAAAGAGUUACACGUUGCGAGCUACACGCUUGCCACUGUGAUUGAAGAUAUGUAGGGUAAAAUUGGUUACUACCAAAUAAGAACAUUACUAACAGCCUUUCUUGAAAUAGUCUGUCGUUGGGACGUCACGGGCAAACACUGUGACGCCGGAUCCUCACAGAGCUCUAUAACGACUAGAAAGGGAUGGCAGCUGUUAAUCGUCUAAUGCGCUGAACGAAAUUGAGUAUGGCUACUAAAGCAGGACAACACACCAGACAGGACAACAACACGAUGUCCUCUCGCGUUAGUAGCUGUACUCAGCUUCACUCAGCACAUUAACACAAACUAGACCAAAUUCGUCGCUUUGCUCGAUGGUAAAUGACAGUCUGCAGGCCUGACUAGGCGAGAGAUGACUGUAAUGCCAUCAUUUUGUCUGGAAAAGGAGAUAAAGCUGUGUUCUUACGUGCUUAAUCACUUUCUAUAUUCUAACAAAUUCUCCAGGAUGUCUUAACAAUGGGAUUUCACGGCCAAAAUGAGAAAUUUGCCAUUGAUAUUGUGUGAGCAACAGAUCCCCUUACUCACUGCAGAAUAUGUAGACAUCAGCUUUAACGCACUCUUUGCCAUCGAAAUGCUUUACAGUUGGAGGUUCAAGAAGUUCCUGAAAACUUGUGCAUAGGUUCUUCAGAAAGGCACUAUACGGAAAUAAAUCACGCUGUUUCCUUUCCUUUUCCGACUAUGAUGACCACAGCGUAGAAUUCACGUCUAGUUAUCGUGCCGCGAAGACUAUGGCCAAAUUCUUCAUCACAUCGCUAUGUAGAUAGUGCAGCUUCAAUGCGAUACUACUCUUCAAAUCUUCCCGUCGUUUAUACAACGAUCAUGUAAGCUCUCCCUCUCUAUCUUUCUCUCUCCCUAUUUUUUGACGCUCUUGAUUGACCGGUCCCUAUGCACAAAAGUAGGAAGCGAGCAUUUUGCUAACGUGCGCUGUACAGCUUAAAACAGUGUCGACACGCUUUCUUUUCUUUCCAAACUGUGGAUAACUUAAACACGUUAAAAUUUUCUUUUCAGUUUUCUUAUUUUUUAUUUUUAUCAUACAGCAGUAUUCCUUCUAGGUGCCAUCAUGAGAGUUACCAGAUCAAUAAGAAGGUUUGUUCAUUGGCAUUGCCUUUUUCAAAUUUGUUUCUGAAACUCCACCGAGCAUCCUGUAUGACUUAGGCGCUUUUUUUUUCUCGGCUAUUCAUGUUUGAGAGGAAAAAGACGAGAAAAUGGCGAUUUGGUCCGGGUACAACAGUUGGAAAAUAAAAGUUUUUCUGCUUAAAUUGUUACGGGUGCAGGGAAGUGCCGUUAUUACGAAAAUAAAAAGUCGGGACGUUUUUUCACCAUACAGCUAUACAUGGACACACGUUUACAGCUUCGCCAUUUUCUAGGCAUAAUAAUGCCUCCCUCAAAUACAAGUCUGGGACGCUGCAUGGGGAUUUGGAAAGCUGUUUAGAGCGGUUCUUUUGCAUGUGAUUAGUGCUUUUGUGUUUAUUGAAUGUGUUUAUUGGUGUUUGAAAGUGUGUUUAUUGAAAAAAAAAGGAUUCCCAGCGUACAACGCAUAUGGCACCUUCCCCAUAACUAUUUGCCACGGGACGGUAGCCAACCAUCUCUGGUAUUUGAAGAGUAUCGAACCAUCCCACUUCGGGCUUUGCACUCUCCCU